AUGGAGGGAGCUGCGGUGGAGGGGAAGCGGAAGAAGACGGCGCUGAGGGCGGAAGGCGGCGUCGGUGGGCUUGCGCUGCGACAUGGAGCUAUAGCAGCGGCGGCCGCCGUGGGGGUUGCUCUCGUUGCCGUCGCAGCCACGAGGAACAGGAAGAAGAAGAAGGCGCAGAGACCAUCGAAGGACGAGGACGGAGGAACAGACGCCCCCGGUGGCGCCGGGGAGGAGACGGCAAUGGGAGAGGAGAGAGAACCCCGAUCUCUUCCCCUGGUUUCCCAAGGAUCUCCUCCAUCUCGGCCUCCUCUUCCACCGCCGGCGGAGAACCACCUCCCCCGGUAACAUGGGCAUAGAACAGCCAUCGUGAUUCCAUGUUUAUCGCGAAGAUGAUAUCAUUUUAUAAUACUAAUUGUUUUUUAUGGUUUCUUUUUUUGGGUAAAGUUUCAGACAUCGUCGUGUUAACGGCGAUCCGGUGUCGGAAUAUGAGACAGAUGUGGUGGUUCAUGUCGCCAUCAGCGAGGGCGCGGCUGCCGAGGAAUCCAAGAUCCCGUCAACCAAACACUCCAUGGGAGGAAAGGACGAGGAGGGGAGCCCAGAAGAAGAGGGAGAGGGAUUCCUCGAGGGUACUCCGUCGUCGUCGGCGGCGCCGCCUCUACCGUUGUCUCUGGAAGACCAUCUUCAUCCGUGGGUAUUUCCACUUAAAACGUCGAUUUCCGACGGAAUCACUGAACAUUUCGAAAUAAAACGAAAGGCUCCGCUCAAACCCGUUCUCGUAAAAAUGGCAUUUUUAAGUCAGGAGGAUUUUAUUAAAAAAUAAGUUAACAUCCUGCUGUUUGAAUUAAUUAUUUUACUCGUAUUGGCGAUAAAAAAUAUGAUGUAAACCUCGAACUCAAAAUCCUGCAGGCACGAUCAGGCCCGCACAGCACCGCCGCCAUCCAGGGAUGAACUCAGCUUCUCGGCGGCUCAGGUAGUCCUGCUGCUGCCAUCUAUACCAGAGAGAGAGAGAGAGAGAGAGUUCUGAUAUUCUUCAUACGAUCCAAUCUUCUCCAGGGAGAGGGAAUUCCCAGCUCCAAGGACGAACAUCCGCCAGAUUACCCAACUCCGGAGAAGAUCAUAGAGGAAGAGAGAGGACGACAGGUGGGGGAGGAAGAGGAGCUUGCCGAUCUCCCCAAGACCAUUGAGGUGGUGGAGGAAGCCCUGGAGGAGAUCCCAUCAGCCGAGGAAGAGGAGGAGACCGAGAUCUCGCCGGAGGAGGCGGUCAAAGCUUCCUGGCCGCCAGCCGAGAUCGCCGCUGUGCAGGAGGAGACGUCAACGAAGAAGAGCGGCGGGAGCGGCCUGGUCGCCAUACUGGUGUCGUGGAAGAACUCCCGGAAUCUGUUGUUCUGGCUAUCCCUCUUCUUCGUUGCCGUUGCUGCGACGUUGCUCUACGAGUUCAAUCUUCACCUUCCCCAGUCGAGUCCUCUCUAG